AUGCUUCGUUGUCACCAUGUCAAUGCUCUACGGACGAGCGUUGGCAACGCCAUUGCGACGAGGGCUACGCUGAGCCCGCAGUGCACAAGAACGCUUCACUCACUCGCUCGCGCCACUUCGUUGCGUCCGCGGCCGGCGCAAGCCCUCCCACGACCGGGCCUUUGGAGGCCCCUCGGGGACGUGAAGACCUAUGCCACCGGACAUAAACACCACUCGGAUGUCAAUGCGCAAUAUACCUCGACCAAACUGAUCCCCCCCAAAAGCCAGCCCCCCAAGGAGAAAAAAUAUGACGAUGACGGCCUAUAUGCGAUUGCGGUGGGAAACCGAUCGGUUGAAUACUUCAACGUCAAUGAACAUAAGGUUUCGCGGAAAGCGAUUGACCUGGAGCUAGAUUGGCUGUCGGAUCGCAUGUCGUUGGCGAACCGGGUUAAGAGGAUUCUGUCGCAGGGUAAGGUGGCUUUUGCGGCGGAGAUGGUGCGCAUGGCGACGCGUAGGGGGUUGGAGAGCACAGCGGCGUGGAAUCAUCUAUUUGAAUAUUGCUUCAGGAGGAACUCGGCUAGGUCUGCUUUUAGGUUCUACAAUGAUAUGAAAAAGCGCGGAGUCAGACCUAGUGAAGUUACGUAUACUACCAUGUUGAGCGGACUGAGCAACUCGAAAUCGACACCGGAGAUCGAUCCCGUGAAGACCGCCCUGAAUAUCUACCGAUCCAUAUCAAGCGAUAAAUCGGGUGUUGAGCUUAGUAUCAUCCACAGCAAUGCAAUGCUCACGGUCUGUGCGCGUCAUGGGGACAUGGACACUUUGUGGGGGGUUGCUAGCGAGUUACCCGAAACUGGACCGGCCUCUCCUGGACCAGUGACAUAUUCAAUCGUUCUCCGGGCCAUUCUGAAUGCGAUGGUCUGGGACGUGGAAAAGAUGCCACCGAAGAAUGUCAAUUCGAUUUCGGCAAGGAAAGCACAAGGGGUUACGGAGGCCAAACGAGUCUGGGCCGAUAUCAUUUACAGAUGGAAGAAGGGAGAUCUGCAAAUCGAUAGUCAAAUGGUGAAUUCUAUGACUAGAGUGCUUAUGGAAGGUCCUGGGGAAUAUUCAAGCUACGAGGUCCUCUUGUUGCUAAACCAGACCACUGGCCUUCCCAUUCUCGCCAAGGCGCCCCAAAAGGUCGCCUACAAAAAGUCUCAGGGCGUGCAAAAGCAUGCGAACCGGGAAGAGCAGGAACUGGAAGACGUCCCUUUUGUGGACGAGGGUGAACUGUACAGGCCACCGCAAGAGACGUUAGAAGAGGAAGAAACCGGAGAAGGCGAAGUCGAGGAGGAGAACCUCGAUGAUGUCUUCAAACCAUUCCCCUUCGCAUCCACAGGCGUGUCGCCACUCCCCGUGGGAAACCGGGAACUUUAUAGGGCCCUGGAAGCCUCCGCCGCCCUGACUCAAGGAUUGGGUGCCGCAAAGGCGUAUUGGAAGCACAUUACGAAGGACAUGGGACUGAAGCCCGAAUCAACUCCCAUCCAUGCAUACCUCCAGAUCUUGCAAGGGGCCCGUUCCAGUCGCGCCGCCGUCGACCUUAUGCGCGACGAGGUCUUACCCUCCGGCCUGGUGGAGUCGGACAUGUUUGUCACCGCUAUGAAGAGCUGUCGCCGGGACAUCAACAACAUGAACGUGGUGACGCAUGCCAAUGAGCUCCUGGGUCUCAUGGACCAAGCAUUCCCGAUUCCCAACACCGUGGCCAUAGAUGUCUACAUGAGCUUGGUCACCAACAUCCUGGAAAAACCUCUGCUCCUCAUGUCGCUGAACGGGUUCUCAGUCACACAACAACGAUCCGGCUCGCUUGAAUCUCUCGGCCACGAACUGCGACUCAAGCUACAAACCAUGGCCGUGGAGAACCUGCGUCCGCACGUGGCUAAACUGGAAGAGGCCAUUGAACAUGGUCAAACCAAAUUUACGAAAUUCAAAUCCAAAGCCGAAUCCCGACAAGAUGGUCAUGUGGUCCCGGGCAAUUCCAUUGUCACCACAUUGGCGCGGUUGAGAUAUUGGAUGAAUCCCAUUCUGAAGGGUAACACGAAAUUGAUUCCUAAACCGGCUUUGGAGGAUUACAAAGUGCUGUCGCAGAGGCUGCAGAAAUAUAGCAACGUCAAAGUUCAGGGUCAUUUCAAAAGCAGGAUUGUGUUUGCACCUACCGAGCAGCAGUCCCAGGGUGAACAGCAGCCUCAGGGCGAAUCGCAAUCUCAGGGUGAAUCACAGUUCCAGGGCGAACAGCAACCCCAGGGUGAACAACAGUCCCAGAACGAGCUGCAGUCCCAGGGCGAACAGAAACCCCAGGGUGAACAAGAGUCCCAGAGCGAACCGAAGUCUCAGCACGAACAGCAGCUCCAGGGUGAGCAGCAGCCCCAGGGUGAACAACAGUCCAAAGGCGAACAGCAAUCAUAG